UCUAUAUAAUUAGUUUCAAGCAUCCAUAAACAGAUAAUCAAACUGUCAGUUUUGUAUCCGUUUUCACAACAUUCAUGGAUUUCCUGUCUAAACUCGGCGGCUCCUCCGACAAGCCACAGGACCAAAACCCAGACCACCACAAGACAUCGGCUUCCGAUCUCGUGUCCAGCGCUAAGCUGGUUGCUGACGCCGCCAAAUCCUCUUUUGGUGGCGGAGGCGACUCUGUUGACAAGGGCAAAGUCGCCGGAGCUGCUGCAGACCUUCUCGGAGCUGCUUCCGAUUACGGAAAAUUGGAUGAAACCAAGGGAAUUGGUAUGUAUGUUGACAAAGCUGAGGACUAUCUCAAUCAGUAUGAAAAGUCUCAUUCUGCUCCUCAUGGUUCAGGCUCCGAGCCGCCGAAGGAGGAGAAAGCCGCCGAGAAGGAAGCGGGAGGAUCUGGGUUUGGGGAUUAUUUGAAAGUGGCUGAAGGUUUCUUGAAGAAAUGACACUUUUUGGCAACUGGGUUUUUUUAUGUGGUUGUUUUUGUAAUUCUGUGUAAAUAAGGGUUUGCAUUUUCUGCUAAACCUAUGAUGAAUUUGUGUAGACUAGUUAAUAUUAUAUAUGUUUGAUAUGU